AUAUAAAUAUAAUUAGAGAAAAGUAGAGCACAAGGAUCUGAAUCUUAAACUACCGAAGCGACUAAGCGAGUUUAACUUCAACUCCACCAUCGAAAAAUCCGAAAAUUGUAUUCUGAAUGGAGAAGGGUAAAGGUUUGAUGGUUGACGGUCGGCGAUGGGCCGUCGAUUUCACCGACAAUUCGUCGUCGAAUUCGACUCGCGAUAUUCCCGAUCCUCCCGGUUUCAACCGUGCUUCUCAAGAUCAGGACGAUUCGACUCUCAGCCGUCAGAAGAAGGACGCCGAAUCCAAUUGGAAGGCACAGAAAGCUUGGGAAGUGGCACAGGCGCCUUUGAAGAAUUUGUUCAUGAUGGGCUUCAUGAUGUGGAUGGCUGGAAGCACUGUUCAUUUAUUUAGCAUUGGUAUCACAUUUUCAGCUCUAUGGCAGCCCAUAAGUGCCCUGCAAGGCGUUGGAAAGGUUUUUGAGCCUUACAAGGACAGUAAAGUAGAUCUUCUUGGACCUAAGUUGCUGUUUAUUGCCCUUAACCUUGGAGGAUUAGCAUUAGGUGUUUGGAAGCUUAACACAUUGGGGCUUUUGCCAACUCAUAUAUCAGACUGGGUUUCAUCUCUGCCACCUGCUCAGGAGGUCGAAUUUUCGGGUGGUGGCUUUCCUCUUCGUUAAGAUGCACACGACUUCCUGUGAAACUAACAGAGGAAAACAUGGAUCUGCCUGUUGACGAUCGAAUUUCGCAAGCAGAUUGCUCGUGUUGUGCAUUAACAUGAUGAUAUCUCUUUGUAUUACGCCUGCAUGGAUUAUAGAUUGUGUUUGAUCAAGAACAAUGUUACAGAUGUGCUGCUGAAGGCACAGCUAUUAUUUUUAUGGUACACACUCAUGUUAUGUUUUUUUUC